AUGGCUCUACGCUUUAGGACAGGGUGGAGAAGAUUCGUGCCCUUCAUAGGCUACCACCAUGUCCUCAUGAUCUUCAUAGCCAUUGCAAUUAUCUUAUUAUCACUCUUGCUAGCAGGCUGCUCGUCAACCUCCCCGCUCAUCCCCGAUAUCUACCUCAUCUCACUAUACUACCAAAAAUACCCUCCCGUUUUCAGUACCGUACAAGUCGAUCCCUCCGUCACCACUGCGAUAGCGAACAUCGUGGGAAAUGCCGACUUGAAUGUCCGCGUAGGAUAUUUCGGCAUCUGCAUCCGUGUCGAUGGGGGAGCGUGGAUGUGCAAUCAAAAUUCAACCGCACUGGCUGACCUGGUGUCCAUCGAUCAAGACCCAUUGAACCUGAUAUGGGUAGCCAGCACGUUCAAGAACGCCAUCGUGUUUCCCUAUCUACUGAUUAUUGCAAUUGUGCUGGCAUUCCUCACAUUUUUGCUCCUGGCGACCUUCCCAGGUUGGCAUACGUCCACGGGACCAGAUGGAUCUGAGCAUGAAGUCCGACCAUUUCCCUCGAGAGCAGUGUCACAGGUCGCGCUGGCCACAAUUUUCAUUGCAUCGGUCUUUGUGCUGGUCAGCGUUAUGUGGCAACACACCGCGGCCGUAGCGGCAAGCACAGUAGCACAGGAUCUGGGAAAUGGGAGCGUCAAGUCGGGGGUUGGAACCUCGGCUAUGGUGCUUGGUUGGUUCGGCUUUGGAUUGCUCGUCGUGGUCACACUAGGAUUGCUGGUCAUGAUAUUAAGCAUUCAAUUGCUGGAUCGUCUUACGGAUGAGGACUGA